CACGGGCGUCCGUCCCCGUCCACGUGGCGCUUGUCCGUCGUCCUCCCCUCCCUUUACCCCCUCCGCCCUCUCUCUCUCUCUCUCUCUGUCUCUUCUAAGCAACCUACAGAUCAACGCUUGCAGAGUGCAGCAGAGUGAUCAAAGGAGGCAACUUUCCUUUUUAUCUUCCUACGGCUUCCAAAGAGAAGAGGCAGGGGGGGAUAGAGAGGAGGAGGAGGAUGAGGAAAAGAGAAGAAGAAUAAGAAGAAGAAGAAGAAGAAGAAGAGGAGGUUUAGGAUUUGGGGUUUUAGAGGAGGAACUUUUAGGGUUUCGAUUCCUUUGGAUGAUUGGAAGGAGGAGAUGUUGUCCGGUGGUUCCAUGCGGAAAUCAUUCAAGGACUCACUGAAGGUUCUUGAAGCUGACAUACAGCACGCAAACACUUUACUAUUGGAUUUUAGAUUAAUCUGUGGGAUUGCGAUGUUCCUGAUGAUGGUCUGAGAAUCAGAAAAAGGAUAAAUUUUCUAUUAGGGCUUCGGAUUUCCCUACAGACUAUGAUGGUGCAUGCCUUCAAAUGCGAAUGUCAUACAGUUCAGCUGCCCAUUUGUUUCUUUUUCUUGUGCAGUGGACAGAUUGUAGCCUUGCUGGGGCACUUGGGCUCCUCAGAAUUAUGAUAUAUAAGGUUCACAUUGAUGGAUCAACGACCAUGUCAACUCAUGAAAGAAAAGCUAGCAUUAAAGAGUUCUAUGCUGUAAUUUUCCCCUCCUUGCUUCAACUACAAAAAGGUAUAUCUGAUAUGGAAGACAAAAAACAAAAGGCAGUAUGCUUGGAGAGAUACAGACGAAGAGAUGACAAUGAACGGAAGCAGUUCUCUGAAAUAGAUGCUGAAAGAGAAGAGGAAUGUGGGAUUUGCAUGGAGAUGAACAGCAAAAUUGUAUUGCCCAAUUGCAGCCACGUGAUGUGUAUGAAAUGCUACAGAGAAUGGAACUCAAGAUCACAGUCAUGUCCCUUCUGUCGUGAUAGCCUCAAGAGAGUAGACUCUGGCGAUUUAUGGGUAUACGUGGAUCACAGAGAUGUAGUUGACAUGGCAAUGCUGAUGCGCGACAGCAUCAGACGCCUAAUCAUGUACAUAAAAAAGUUGCCAGUGGUCGUUCCGGAGUCCGUCAUCGAUGCUUAUGAUUCUCAUGUUAGGUGACGUGGAAAAGCAUCUGGUCAACUUCCACGGAUUCCUUAACGCUGCCAGCGGUUUGCUCAAUUAGCUUAAUUAAUUUGUGCUUUGGAUAUCAUUCUGAUUCAUGUUUGGAAGCUGCUGCUAAUUUUUAAGCGGCCUAUGGACUUCAGAAGCUAUGUUGGGAGACAUCCAUCGAGCAACUUCAGCACUAUGUAAAUGUCUGUACAGUUAGUCAACUUGAAAGUUAUGAACCAUUUCAGUGUCAGCAUAGUAAGCACUAACUGGUGCCAAUGCCAGUGCUUAAGCUAUUUCUAGCUAUUGUUGUAUGUGGGUGCAUCGCAUUGUGGAUGGGUUACUCUUCUCGGUUAAAAGAGAACAUUCCGGUCUCGGAUAAAUGGUCAUCUGUAAUGCUGUUGUGCCGCAUUUGCUGUGACAGUAAACCAUGGACAUCAUCCUCUGCGCUACAUAUUGAAGUGGUAUGUUGCAGCUUUUGAAGUGAGUUCUGUGAGGUUAUUUUUCCUGCCUUCAUUGUGGCUUGCAGUAUUUUCUCCUGAAUGGAUCGUUCUAGAUGGUUUCGGUUGUCUUGUGUGAUCAAGGAACCUGUCGUUUACUGGAAUUACAUGGUAAAUUGGUGGUGAGGAAGAUGAAGGCGCAGCUGGAAAUUGAAAGCUGCAUGUUUAAGCUCAGCAUUCAAACAACUCUCAUGUCAAGGUGGUGGCCAUUGUGGAUCUGUGGCAGUGCUGAGACAUGAGAAGCUGGGUGUGGUGGAGGUGCCGGUCAGGUGUUCGACGCAUUGUUGAAGUCGGCAUUGUCGAUAUCUGUGCUUUCAACCAGCAGCUCUAUCUGAAGGCAAGAAGCCACUUGGACGAUGCGUAGAACACCAGUUUGUCUUCUUGGAACUCUGUCUUCAGGCUAAAGUAUAACGAUUCUGAUAAUAGUAAUAAGAGUUAUAAUGACGUUAAUAAUUACAACAUUGAUAUUAAAAUAGGAGCUUUAUGGCAACCCACAACUACGUUUCGGCUGCCCUUUUCUUGUAGUGUCCGCCUCUUUUCUCUGACUCUGAGGCUUUCUUUUUGGCUUCUCUUCCGAUUGCUCCUUACACGUCACGAACCGAAGCAGGAGACGAAACCCGGCGUCGUGAGAUCCGGGAGCGGGCGGCUCAGAUGGCGACGGAGGAUGACUCCCAGAGCAUGGUGUCGACCUACGGGAAGCUGGAAGGGGUGGCGAUGUGGGUAGGAGCGAGCGUGGUGUCCGCCUUCUUCGCCUCCCUCGAGCGCUGCUCCUGCAUCAACCUCAGCACCACCGAGGACGACGGCGACGACCUCGAGGAGGCCAACGACCGCCCGCUCAUGCUCACAAAGCCCGUGCUCCACGACGAGGAGAAUCCCAAACCUUCCUCCCUCUGAUCCAGUCGACUCCCUCGUCAUCACCGUGGAACCCUAAAUCCUUGAAAUCGUUCGGUUCGUGGCAUCGUCGAUCUCGAUAUGUUUCUUGUUUCUCUCUCGUGUCGUGGUAUUUCCUCUCUUUAACUCUUCAUGUGUUGAUCCAUGCCUUUCUUUCCUACCUGUGUAGAUCUGAGUUUGCCUUAGAAACCUGAUCUUUGGAAGUGACAAUCGUGAAAAUAUUGUGUUUCCUUGUCGUGA